UCAUUUAUAUCUCCUUUCACAAUUUAUAAUUUCACCGACUUUUAAAUAAGAAAAUGUGAAUAGAUAAUAUUAGAAUAAUGUAAAUUCCUUCGAACUCUAUGACCGUACAAGUACACGUGCUUGAAUACGGUUCGUCCUUCCCACCUUAUAUUGUUUAAGCGUACGAUUAAAUUUCAAAAUACAUGCUAAAUUAUUGGUUGAGAAAUCUAUAAGGAAGAGUUGAGACUUGAGAGCAAUAAUUCACUUUAGUAUGGGUGUCCGGCCUGUGUGAAAGGGAAUGAAUACCUAGCCGUUACCGGUGCAUAUGUGAGAUCUUGUGUUCGAAACCCGCUAUGCAUAAAGGGAAGAUAAGUGAGGUCUCGCUCCCAACGAUUGAUUCUUGCUAUCUUCACGGAGUUGCUCAACAACUAAGAUGGAAGAGGAUGGUAAUGAAGGCAUCAGGUUCGUGUGGUAGGAGGCUCCCUGGAUUCAGCCUGAUUGGUGCGCAGGUGAUCGGAAAUCCUGCUGGACUCGUCCUGUGGAACCAGUACCGACGAUUAUUAAUAAUUCCGGAGUACUCGUAUAUGAUUAAAAAAAUGAAUGUGACUUCACACUGUAGCGACAAUUAUUUCAGAACAGACCGAAAAGAAAAGCAGGACAAUUAUUUCGGGACGGAGGGAGUACUAUUCUUGAAGAGGCAUCGAAGGAGUUAGCUCGCUUCUUCGGGAGGACGAAAAUGGACUCGAAAUAAUCAGACUAAUAGACUACAGUCUUUGUUACUUUCCGUGCUUUUAUUUUAUGUUGUACCGCAAAAUGAUCUUAUACCGAGUUAUACAUUUCCCUCUCAUAAACUAAACAUUUCCUG